UAAGCGUCGAUCACCCGUUACGCCGAUAGACCUCAAGUAGCUUCUCUACAGUGAUAGCGACGCGAUUUUCGAAAGUGAUAUAAACCAAAAUGUCAGCGCACAAGUAUAUAAUCGGUCUAAUCGUUCUGAUAGCUGGUCUGUUGACCGUCAAUUCUAUACCCACUAAUGGGAACAACAUAUUAGAGGAUAAUGAGGGAGAUGUCGUUCCUUACGAGUCGCAUAAUCUAAUUGUCGGCAUCAGGUCGCCAGGCGACAGGCUUUCCUAUACAGAAAACAUCGUUAAGGAUUCUUCCUGGUUGAGGAUUGUAACUAUUGAGAAGACCUUCUUUGUCCCACAAGGGGAACGUAUUACUAUGCUUGAAGCAUUAGAUCAGAAGACAAAUGGAAACGGUGCGCAUGCUAGUAUUUUGAAUGGUGGACCUGGAAACAACAACGUCACCCUGAAGUUCAAGAGCCAAAGAAGUCACGGCAUUAACUUCGUCGUCAAGCUUUAUUCACGAUUCUAAUCAACCACAAUGGAAGCUAAUCCAAUGACUGGUACGAUGGAUUUCUGGAUACGAUUAGGAUGAAGAAAUAAAACCCAAUCUUAACCAUCAUCGAGAGUGUUCUGAGCUACUUAUUAUUGAAACACUAUCGCCACUGUCGCUAAAAGAAAACUAUCACAGAAUAUGUACAUAUAUUUUUGUUAUUCCCUUUAACUUUUUGAUUUCUGAAUGUAUGACCAAUAAAUUAAUGUAAUUGAUGUAA